ACAAAGCGCUGACAAAAGCGCGUUGCAAAAGGACGCGCGCGCACCGCUCGGUAGGACUCAGACGAGUGAGGAGGAGCAGACAGCAAAGUGCGCCUAAGGUGAGCAAAGUUGCUCCUCAACGGAUCAGGUUAGGGUUCCAGUCAAGAAGUGCUUUGCGUCGAGUAGCUAGAGAAGUCGGUUGAAAAAAGAAGACUUUUGGGCGCGCGCACGCCACUAUUUUGCGCUCAGGGAGGGACACUGCGCCCUUUGACGAGGAAGAGGAGAAGGAGGAGGUGGAGGAAGAGGAGGCUGCACGGUGGUGUGCGCGAUGACGAGAUGCUGUUGUGGACUUGCAGGGCAGCCAAGUGGACUCGAGUGGACCGUGGCUGCGAAAACACUUCCUCCGAGGUGAGUGCGUCUAUCUGCUCUCGCUUUAACGCUGCGACGUGGCGCUGGUUUAAGGUGACGGUGACAAAUGGUGCGCAUCGCAGGGCUGGAUGAGCUGCGGUCGGCGCAGGGGAGGAGAAGUCGCUCCAUCGCGAUUUGACGGAGCCGAUUAAAUGCGUGUUAGGUUAGAGGAUGCUUUUGUCACGGGAACCCCAGCGGGAGUCAAAAAGUGAAGAGGAAGACGUGGGGGCGAAGGCAUCAUAGCAAGCUGCUGAAGCAAGCAUCAGUGAAGUGCACCUUCAGCAUACACAGAAGAACAAUUCUAGCGACCGGCGGGAGACUUUUCGCCUUGGACUGGCCAUCAAAGCCGUGAAUAGAGUGGACUACUUUUAACAGUGAGGCAGUAGCUGAAAGGAAAGGAAUUCAAAAUAACAUUUUGUGCGAGGCGUCAAAAAAUAAUCUGUACAUGACCGAACUGAAUUGAGACUCCUUCAAGAGGAUUUUUCAGGACACUUAUCGUUGCUUAGCUCGCAAAGUAAAACCAGAGGACAACUUGAAAAGGGUGUGUGGUCCAACACAAUUUUGUUUUUGCAUGACCCACAGCUAACGCAAACAUCCUGGAAUGUCUUUGACUUCUGAGAAGGACACUCGUGCCUAACACUGAUCUUGGGAUUGUCUGGCCAAACUGUCAUCUUUUGGUGUUAGAGGAGUGUUUUCUGAAUUAGGCCUCUGGACGCUUGGUGAAGAUUACUUGAGUUGGCAGGCCUAACAACCCUCUUAUUCACAGAUACAGUGAGAGAGCCUGGCAGUAAAAAAACACAGCACACAAAUGUGGUGGCCCUAAGCCAUGCUGGUGUUGCUACUGGAGCCCUGCAGUAAAGACUAUCAUUAUCCCUAUCAUCAUUUGUCCACGCUGAGGAACAUCCCAUUUCCCCAAGGAACUAAACUAUACAUCUAAACAACCCCAGGAAGACGGAGCGCAGAGACCGACAGUGACAUCCUCAGUCGCUCAAACAAAACUCCUUUCAACCAUUUCCUCAACGAGAAACGCGACUGCGGCAGAAGUGAAAGGCACAGACUGAAAAGGAGCUGGGCACCAACAUGGCAACUGAAAGUCUUGCGGAGCUUCGCGAUUGGCUCUUCCUGCUCCUGCUAUGCCUCACCUUAUUGGCUGAGGUGCUGGAACUGGCAGCGGCCGCAAUCGCCUUGGAGACGGGUGAGGGAGAGGAAGGAAUUGUGUGUCCCUCAGUCUGCCGUUGCGAUGAGGGUUUUGUCUACUGCAACGACCGCGGACUCGGUCUAAUUCCUCCUCUACCGUUGACGGCUGCCAUCCUCUACCUGCAAAGCAACCGACUGAGUAAUGCCGGCCUGCCUCAGUCACUGGAGCGCAGCACUUCCAUACGAGUGAUUUACCUGUAUGCUAACCAGUUGGAUGAAUUCCCUAUACACCUUCCACCUUCAUUACGAGAGCUGCAUUUGCAGGAUAACAACAUACGAACGUUACCACGAUCAUCUUUGGCCAAGUUACCACUACUGGAACGUCUACACUUGGAUGAUAAUUCAAUAUCUACAGUUAGCAUCCAGGAGCGCGCUUUCUCUGGGACUCCACGGCUCAGACUGCUGUUUCUCUCUCGGAACCACUUGUCAAGCAUCCCUGCGGGAUUGCCUGCGUCCUUGGAGGAGCUGCGAUUAGACGACAACCGAAUCAACACCAUUCCCACACAUGCCUUUCGAGGGCUCUCCUCCUUACGUCGCUUGGUCCUGGACGGGAACCUGCUAGCCAACACACGCAUUGCAGAUGACACCUUUUCCCGCCUUUCCAAUCUGACAGAGCUAUCACUCGUCCGAAAUGCCAUGCAGUCUCCACCGGUCAACCUACCGUCAUCUCAUCUCGUUCGACUCCAUUUACAGGACAACGGGAUGACUCACAUACCGCGAGGGGCUCUGGACGGAAUGCGACGGCUCCAGAAGCUAGACCUAUCGGGAAACAAUCUGACCAGUCUCCCUCGGGGGCUUUUUAAGGACACAGAUAGUUUGGAGUUGCUGCUGCUACGAGGAAACCCCUGGUACUGUAGUUGCAGCCUUCGCUGGCUCCAUGCAUGGCUUCAUAGCUGGGGCUCUGCUGUAACAGUCAGGGGUUUGACCUGUCAGGGACCUGAGGCAGUAAAGGGCCAGUCUCUUAAAGACCUUACCUAUCUAAUGGAGCAGUGUGAAGGACCUCCAGCUGGUCCGGCCACUGGUGUUGGGGUCAACCCAUCAGAAAAGAACGGAGGAGGUGAUGACAGCGUUGGAGGGGACGGGCAAGCUGUGGGCUCAGUUCCCCAUGGCAGCACCACCACUAACUCUUUGUUGGUCCCCACGCAAGGUUCCCUCUUCACACUCCGAGCUAAGCGGCCGGGCCUAGUUAUGCCUCUGCCUGCAGGGGGAGAGGGGCAUGUAACCGGAGGAGCCCUGGAGUUGACCGUGAAAGCUCUAUCUGCGGACAGCGUUCUGGUCAGCUGGUUGUGCCCACAGCCGGCGCCCUCGUUCCGUUUGUCAUGGCUGAGGUUAGGUACCAGUGCGGCACUCGGUUCCAUCACAGAGACUCUUGUUCCCGGAGAGAGAAGGCAGUACCAUCUUACCCAACUCACACCGCGUUCACAUUACCUUAUUUGCCUGCUGCCAUUACGACAGGAGACCUUUCUCGGCUCAAACAUGGGGACGGCUCGCGUUGGCAGUGUUGAAACGAACAAUAAAGAUUCUACUCCAGCCUGUGCUCAGAUAGAAACUGGAGAGGCCGUGGUGAACUCCAGGGGAGAGGGGUCGGAUAAGGACACACAAGACUCUGAGCUAUCAGCCUUGCCAUUGGCAGGGAUCAUUGGGGGAGCCACGGCGUUAGUAAGCCUACUACUCAUCUUUGGUAUUUUUUGCUGGUAUGGACAAAGAACAAGUUACAAGUCAGAGGACUCUCAUUCAUACAACAGAGGCCGAGGAGCAAAAAAUUACGAUGACUAUGUAGAGUCGGGCACCAAGAAAGACAAUUCUAUCUUAGAGAUCAGAGCCCCUCCAGCAGGGUUUCAGAUGACAGCCAUGGCUCACCAGCCACUGCAGCCCAAGCCGGAGGACGUCACCUACAUCCACACCAUAUUCCCCUCUUCUUCUUCUUCUUCUUCCCAUGCAAACGGGACGUACAGGAGCAACCACAGAGCCGGCAGCCUCAAUGGCACCAUUCUUAGCCAAACCAGCCAACAUCAUGUCACUUAUGGUACCAACCGUGGCUACAGAGAGGGCGGUAUCCCCGACAUAGAUUAUGCCUACACGUGAUGAAACAGGGCCGCACUCCCUGAGCCUUGAAUGCCUGGCGCCAUUUUACGAUGACGACCCUGUGGCCACUGGCCAUCUCUUGUCCUUGGUUUCCAAAGUACCCUUUGUGCCUCAGCUGGUUCAAGUCUGAUAUGUUUGCUAAGUAGAAGAGACCGUUUUCAGCCAUGUGGAUUUGGAUAUUGCUAUUGCUAUUGCGUGACAGAAGUAAUUGUCCUGCUAUACUGUACUCUACUACUGUAAAACAUUACAGGAGGCCCUUCUUUCAGUGCUAUUUAUAUAUGGUUGGAUUUUUCUCUUUUGGCUAUCUCUGUGUCUUUCAAAACUGCUGUUCUUCAUACACAGUAACUUAUUUGAGGUUGAUAUACUAGGCUUAGCUGAUGUAGAAGGAGAUAUAUUUAUACUACGCGGAAAGCCAAUUAAUGUGUAUAUAGAUAGCUCCCACAUCAUCCGAUCAACCAUAUGCUCUUUGCUGUCGAUGACGGGAUGACAGAGGAAGAAGUUGAUGGCUGUUAUAAUCCACUGAAGACAGUAAAUCGUGGUUGACAUGAAAAUACUUGUUCCAAGCGCGCCCCCUCCUUUACCCUGGAUUACUUCACCCAAUUUAAUUGUUCCUCCUUCCUGCCUCUUUGUUUUUAUCCGAGGCGCUUUCAUUUCUCUCAUGUCUUUUGUGGUGCCGUGAGUAGAGGACGACUUUGUUCUCGCCAAAGGAGCUGACAGCAGUGAUAACAGUUCUGACAAAGACAUGAGACACAAACCACCACAUGGGUAGACUAAUGAGUGGGGGAGAGAGAGCGAAAGGAGAGGGAGAGAGCCAUUGUGAUGGAUGGAUGGAUGGAUGGAUGGAUGGAUGGAUGGA